AUGGAGGCUCUACUCCCCGCCGGCGGCUUCCAGCUGCCCUUUCAGCGCCGCCUGUCGCGCCUCUACAACGACACCAAGAAAUCGAGCGAUUUCGUGCAAGCGCCCGUACCCCGCGAGAAGCAGCAAGACCCCGACGCGCCCGGCUUGCACCGCAAGCUGCGCAUCCAAAAGGACCGCCUCGUCGGCUGGGGCCUCGCCUGGUCCGACCCAGCCGCCGCCGCCGAGAUUGACGAGUCGCUGUCGCGCGCCGGCCUCAGCGAGGUUGUCGCGAGCAUCAUGUCCACCAUCAAGGACAUCCUGGCCGAGGCCGAGCAGCUCUGGCUCAGCGGGGCCGCUGCGGGCAGCGCGGAUAAAAAGGGCAAGCGGGUGUCGUGGGACCGCGCCCGCUUCGAGGACCUGGUCAAUGACUUUACCGCCUCGGUCGACACCCUCUACGACUUGUCCAGGACCCGCGGCGCGGCCAUGCGCCGCCUGGCCAAGGGCGGCGGCGGGCUGUACAAGGCCGAGGGACAGCGCGCCUUUGAGCCCACGCGCCUGCAGACCCCGCAGGUCAUUGACCCGACCCAGCUGACUGAGAUCCUGCCUGCGCGGGACCUGCCAGCGUCCGUGGCCGCACAGCGAGCCGUCGUGCUCAUGAGCAAGACGGCGUACGCAUCCAUGGCCACCGGUCGGACUCACGCCCCGUGGGGCCCGCUGCUGCUCGAGUACGCGCACUUUGACGCCAUCUACGCCACGACGGGCAUCAUGCCGCCGACGGCGCGCUUCGAGCGUCUGUCGGCGGCGCUGCAGCAGGACUCGCAGCGGGCGCCUGGUGCUUGGUCGGGCCUGCCGCGGUUGCUGGGGUACUUUGAGGACGUGGGCAAUGCGCGCUUCGGGCUCGUAUACCGCCUCCCGGCCCCGUUUGACGCGUCGAUUUUGACCAGUUACAAGAAGGGCGCGGCGCACGAGGUGAGCACGCUGCGCGCCAUGCUGGCCGACAAGGGCAUGGAGCCGCCGCUGGAAGCCAAGUUUCGCCUCGCGUAUAAUCUGGCGAAUACCGUGUUCGAUAUGCAUGCGAGGGGCGUGGCGCAUGGGAGGCUGACAGAGGAUAACGUGUCGUUUUGUAACCUGGGGGCGACGACCGAAGGCAGUGUGGCGGUGAAUGCGGUGGUGGAUGUGCGCAGGCCGCUGCUCUCCUCGUUUGAGGUCUUUGCCGACGAGGACAAGACUGAUGACGCGGCCCACCACCCGCUCGAUCCGCGGUACGCCCCAGACUCGUCGCCGCUGGCCAAGAGCACCGACGAGCGCGUGCUGGAGCUGUACGCCCUGGCCGUGCUACUGCUCUCGGUCGGCCUCUGGACGAGCAUGGAAACGCUGCCGCCGCGGGACGGGAUCGCGUGGGAGACGGCCAUGGCAAGGCUCACGGUCCGGUGCGGCGGCUUGUACGCGAAAGCGGUGCAUGCCUGCUGGGAGGCGGUGGACAGGGAGGUGCAGGGCGAGGUGCGCGGGGAGGCCCUGCUGGCGCAGGUGCAGAUGCGCGUCAGCCGCUUCCUGGAGACGUGCUGCAUCUUGGAUGGCGUGAGUGGCUUGGAGGAGAGGCUGGCGGAGGAUAUCGAGGACGAGGCGGCGGAUCAUGUCCAGUCGGCUGUGGCUGUGCAGAAAGCACCUCCGCCACAGCCGGUAGACUCGGCGGACAACUUGGUGAGCGGCGGCCAUGAAGAAACGACGUCGCAGAUACAGUCUACACCCCCAAAACCUGCCGCCAAGGAACCAAAGGCCAAGCUGUACACGCAGGUGCCGCUGCCCGCCGAGGCCAUCGAGCAGUGGAACACGAUCCUCAUGCCGCAAAUCAACCAGGCGCUGCGCCACUUUUACCGCAAACACCCGGAGUCGGUCGAGAUCUCGCUCGAGUCCAUUGGCCUGACGCCGCAGCAGACGGAACCGACUGUGCUCGUCGUUUGCUCCUCGGUCGGCAAGGUGCGCGCCAUUCUGCAGAAGCGCGUCGGCGCCCUGUUUGAUGGCUCGACGGGGUUCGCGCUCAAGGUGUGCCGCGGGCACGUGCUGCGGUCCCGUCGCCGCCCUGUGGCCACCGAGGAGGAAGAGGCGGUGGAGGCGGUCAACCCAAAGUACCAGGAACGGCCGGGCCAUGGGGCGAGUAUAGGGGCGUGGAUUGGGGAUCGGCAUCUGCCGCCGGUUAGCUUCGGGGGGGUGGUGGUGGUGGAUGGCACGACGUAUGGCAUGACUGUGCAUCACAUGCUGGACGACCCGGAUCGGGACUUUAGCGGCCAGGAGACGCAGAGGAGUGCGGCGUUACCGCUAAGAUCGCUGUUAGACAGCGUAGAGGAUGAUGACGAGGAUGACGAGGGGGCAGAGGAGGAGGAUGGGUAUGAGCUGUCGGACACGGAAUCGGAAGCGUACUCGGACACGGAUAUCACGAGCGAGUACGAUGACAGCGAGGACGAGGAGGAGGAGGAACCGGGUGACAUUCCGGGUAUUGAACCGGGAUGUGGCGACGGCUACAUGGUGACGCAGCCGGCGCUGGACGACGUCGAGGAGGGCUUCUACCCGUGCGCAGAAACCGAAGACGAGGACCACCUCGACACAUUCAGCCUCGGCCCGGUGUACGCCUCCAGCGGCAUCCGGCGGCGGCGCGACAACGGCCUGGUGCACGAACGCGGCGAGAUCCUCCCCGCGCUGUGCAGCGUCAAGAUGUACGGUCGCGCGUCGCCGAGCCACGCCUACCAGGUGGCGAGCGGCGGCAGCGGCGUGCAGGCGAUGGGGAUCCCCGGCGACAGCGGCGCGUGGCUCGUGGGCGCCGACGACGGCGCGCUGUGCGGACACGUGCUCGCGUGGAGCACGCUCGGCGCCGGCGAGGUCCGGCUGCCUGGCGGCCAGCCGGUCGUGGUGCUGGAGGAGGAGCCUGUGCAGGUGCUGACGCCGGUGCUGGGCUUGCAUGCGUUGGAGAGGGAAUUGAAGGGCUUGAGUAUGCGCGAGAUGGCGGUCAAGCACGGCAUUGAGGUGCGGAGUUGA